CUUCCCGGUUUUCCUGCGACGGUAUGCCUCUCAUUGAAGUCAUCGCGAACGACCGGCUUGGGCGCAAAGUGCGCGUCAAGUGCAGUCCAGACGACACCGUUGGCGACCUCAAGAAGCUCAUCGCGGCCCAGACGGGUACGGAUCCGUCCAAGAUCCAGCUCAAGAAAUGGUACACGAUCUACAAGGACCAUAUCACACUCGCAGACUAUGAGAUACACGACGGCAUGAGUCUUGAGAUGUAUUAGUCGACGAUCUGCCGCUGUGUGGUGCGGCGUAGUCUGUUUUCUCGGGGCAUCCCAUCCUCAUGCCUCAUGUCCGCGAGGCCGAUUGAUUGUUCAAAGUGAGCUGCGAUUGUAGUACUUGUGAUGUAGAUGUAU